AUGUACCCGCAGGUGGUACAUGCGCUCCGGGACGCCGAGCGGAAGGCGUUGGCGACGGUCAGCUCGAUGGAGGCAGACGUGGCGCUGCUGCAGGCGGCCGAGGCCGACGACCUGGCGGCGGUGGACUCGGUGGCUGGCGACGUGCGUAAGGCGCUCGAGGCGGCGCGGGCAGAGCUGUUGCAGGCGCAUGCCCUGCUGCGCAAAGGACGGGAUCAGCUUGGGGAGACGGCCAUGGCCCAUGAGGAAUCGCUCCGCCUGUUGGCUGGAAAGGUCGACCACGCGUAUGCACGCGGCGCUGCCGUGGCUGACGCUCUCGACGGGCUCUGGCAGCAUGCCGACGUGACAGGCAAGGCGCAGCUGCCUGAGGCACAUGGUACACAGGAUGCGCAAGCGCAGACCUCGUCGUCGGAUGCGGAUGACGGAUCGGUGGCGGGUGGCGCGUCGAUGCGCGACAUCGACCACAAGCACAUCGAGAACGAGGCCCGUGACGUCGUGGCCCGUCUCAUGGCUUCGUUCUCACCGCUGGUUGACGGCUAUGCGUCGCAUCCAGAAGAUUGGGCUGCGCUCUCGGAGUCUGAGAAAGAUGAGGUCGAGCGCAUGGCUGCGCGUGUCCGGUCGCUACUUGCAGACGUCGGGAGCGUCGCCCGGCAGCGCGGGGUCGAGCUCGCUUCGCGCAAUGUGGUGAGCGGCAAGGCUGCCGAGCUGCGGGCGCAAGCGCUUGACGUGCUGCAUCAUGUGCGAGUCGAGCUGAUGGCGCUCGAGCUUGCCCCGUUUAUCCGGCUCCUGCGGCGGUCACCAUCACGGGCGCCAAGCCCGCCUCGCCACCGCUCACCGUCGUUUGAUGCAGGCUCGACCAUCGGCAAGGACGACGGUGAUCACCGAAGCGGCUCAGCCAGCGGUGCUGGCAACAGUUCGAGCGCAGGCAUGCUAGACGACUCGUCGUUUGUGCGUAUCGAGGACAAUAAGGCCCCGCUGCGGCCCGGGCACGAGCGGUUUGCCUCGGCACGCAUCGCCGCUUCGCUUCCGUUCUCGUUCUACGUUGUCGAGCCGGUGCCCGUGGUGGGCGCCGAGGCCGGCGACGCUCAGUCGGACAACGAGUGGGAGGCCGGUGGCGACGGCGGUGGUGGUGGUGGCGGCGGCGGGUCAAGCUCGUACUACUCGACUGACGGCCCGUCGUCGCAACGGCUGUGGGAGGUGGCGGGUGACGAUGUGCCUGUUGGCGGGCUCUACGACGAGUACAAGAAGUUUGCCAAGUGGAAGCGGGCGCGGGCGGCCGGCAAGAUCGAGUCUGACGGCGGCGGCGAGCUUUCAGCCUCGUUCUACUCGUCCGAGUACUCGGAGCAGACCGUCGAGUACGAUGUCGAGUACUACGAGUACGAGCUUGCGCCCGAGACGAUCUCUGUGGCGCUUGGGGCUGAUCACGGCUCGCCAUUCCCCGGCGCGGACCGUGAGCCGGCGCCGCAGGUGGCCCGAUCCGAGAUGGAGACCCAGACGUCUGCGCCGGACGUUCGCGUGCCGGAUGUCAGCUCGAUCGCGUCGCGCUCGUUUCUCCGCGAAGUGCCGUCGUACUUUGAGCCCUCGGAGCCAAUGCGAAGCAUGCAGGCCUCACACAUUGCACCAUCGAUGCAGAGCUCGCUGCUGAGUUCUGGAGGAGGCACACUCGAGCCGCUCGACGCCUCGCUGCCGCCACUUUCGCUGCAGACCGAUGACGGCUCAGGCUCGGACUCGGGCUACUCUUCGGACACGGUGAUUGCUGAGCCGUUUGCGCCGGUGAGUAAGGACAAGGUGCCACGACUGGAGCGGUCGCGACUGGAGCGACAGUCCAAGAGCAAGAAGAAGAAGAAGAAGAAGAAGAAGAAGAAGAAGAAGCGCAAGGGUAAGGGCAAGGGCUCUGAACCGGUCGUCCCGCAUUUUAUGGCGGACAAGGCCGGAUGGGCCAAGCCGUCGCCGUUCCGGAUUCUCACGCUCAUGGCCAUGGCGCCGCUCAUGCCCUCGCUUGCGCUCUUUCUUCUCCAGCCGGACGAGCGCGACAUCUCGGACAUCGCUCAUGGCAUCGCGAUCGACGAGGUGCGCGACUUGCCGCGGCCGCGGCUUCGGUGA